UCGCAUAUUUUCUUGCAAAUUCCAUGCAAGGAGACUGAGACGAUGACAUCAUUGUAAUAGAAUUAGAAGAGCAAGGCCAGGAAAAAGCGACGAGCGCCGACCUGUUCUACCAAUACUGACUGAAAAAGGAGUGGGCAUCUCUGAGUUGUAGCGAUCAUUUUUUGGAGUCACGUUUUCCCUGUGUUCGAAUAGCAACAAGAUAGCACUUUCUCUUUCCCCUGAGCGAACCUGAAAAGGCUAGAAUCGUGCUCGUCGUCGUCUUCCUCGGUAGGCUUCUGUCACUGGUGUUCGCAACCUGGGAAUAUCAGCUUGCCUUCGUAGGAAAGAGUGUUGCUAUCAAUCGUCGUGCUUAAUCGCUUACGUAGUUUUAGGUGCCUGGCCGUCGUGCUUCAGGCUCCUCGCUGGGUAAUUAAAUGGAAUUGUUGCGAGAAAUGUCGACCAAGUUAACAAGAAAAAACAUCGUAUUGGUGGCAGAGUGAGUGAAUGAAUGACUGAACUGGAACUACUCUUCAGCAAAAAUAAUGUUAAGUGCUGGGUAUGAUCGGUUUCAUUGCUAUUCUUGUUGAGGAGCAUCAGAAUACCUAUUCCACAGAUUGCGAUGCACGGAGUCAUGUCGUGCUACACCUACGAGUUCAUGAGAAAAGAUAACAAAGAGUGGGACGGUAGAGUCCGUGACAUUCGUUCUUUUUGCCCACCCCUUUGCUGUGCCCGUGCACCCCUGUCGCGGCGAUGUCGUCCCUUGAUGUUCAACAUAUUAGUUUUUAGCUUUAGAGGUAGGUAUAUUCAUACCCAGGAUGUGUAUUUUGGGCACAUCAAUCAUGGCACUUAGUACAUCGACUUACACAACUAUCAUCAUGUUUAUGUUGUUUCACCUGCGAGCACAAGUAUUAACUGGCCUUCAGCGCUUCUUCUACUCAUCUCCAUUCUCUUCUGCGUAGUCCUGAACAAUCGCAUUGUCUAACAUCUUAGAACUUGAUUUUGAAAGAUUUCCUCGGUUUGGUCUUACAUUUUUGGACAAAGAUCAUUAAGCUUCAUUUGAAAAAACCAUCACUACAGAUAAUACAUUCAGAAUUCUUUUGCACUUUACUUACCGGGAAGAUAUCGUUAGGGAAGUCUUAGGCUAGCUGCCGAAUAGAUUCGAAGCGUCGACUUGUCUUCUCGAUAUCGACUCGAACACAUCAGAAGAAGAUCCAGCGCCCCGCCACAAGAUGGAUAACAAUGCGAGCGCCCUCUUUCGGGAGGGCCUGGAAACCGAGAAGCGGAUGAGCUUCAAGUGGAUGCAGGAAAUGGAUCUCUCCGAUGCAAAAGAUAUCCCGACAUUAUGGCCUCUUGCCACUUGUUCCACUUCGUGGUCUUUCUUUUUCUUUUGAUUAUGCUUCUACUCAUUUAGUUCGGGUGAGCACUGAAAAGAACUACAACCACCUUUAGUAUAGGUACAAUCAUCAUCACCAUCAUUCUCUGCUACGUAGCUGCUGGGGGUCUGGCCUUAGCUCUAUGUAGUCGCAUUCUGUCUUGUUCGCAAGAUUGAGAAUCCGACUUUUGGCGUUAUGGAGAUGAGCGCAUUUUUCUUUAUUUCUCUAAUAUCUGACGUCCAGUACCAAUCUAGUUCCAUCGCAGCGCAACCAUUCAAAAAGCACCUUGUAAUGGAGACAAAAGGAUUCAAGCCGCAGAUCAAAAAAGAAAACUUCGAACGCUCAAAGAAGAAUUUUGGUAUGUGCAAUUCCGAACUUGCGUACCAGAAAGCCAGGAAUGACCCAAGGCCAAUUGCGCAAUGCUUUAGGUAAUAUACUAGUUUUUUUAAAGACUAAAGUGCUAUCAUCCUGUAUUUUCCUUUCGUGGCUUUGUUAGCAAAUAUACAAAUGGAGGCAGAUGAAGCCACAGGUUGUUCCUCAUUGUCUUGUCGUCGAAAAUGAUUGAUUUUAGCAUAAGCUGGGGGGUUUGCGAAGUAAAGUACUUUAUUUUUUCUUCGUUUUUUAGUCUGUAACAUUUUUGAGUGACAAGCAGACAGGACAAGGGAAUAAAUGUAGGAAUAUCUGUGCAUAUAGUUUCGCACCCAAGAAAACUACUCCGAAGUCGUAGAAAUUAGUGAUAGUAUCAAAGAGCUAGCAUCCACAAGCUUCGCCCGGCUUCAAGUUUAGCACUUUUCUGCCUCCCACGGGCUACAGCCGCCAGAGCAGAGACAGCCCGCGGGUGAGCUGUUGCAAUCUGCGAACUGACUACGAGACGACCCGCGUGCCGGCGCUGGCCGACUCAGGUGCGUCGACUCAUGGGCAGAAAAAUUGCGCUGCCUUCGGUUUUUUUAUGGGACUGCCGGGGGGGUUAUGCAAAUCCUUAAGAAUUUGCAAGACCCCCACGGCGUUCCAACAAAAAAAACCAGAAGAGAGCCACCAGACACGCGCAAGAACCUGCAGGCCCCAACGCGCGCAGACGCCUCGCGGUGGCACCAGGCAAGAACGAGGGGUGACUUUGACGGGCCAAGCAAGAAAAUGCAACGCAUGGUCGCGCUGCUUGGGUCUCUCUGCGCGCCUACAGCUGGCGGGGCUUCUUCCUUGCUUCGUCGGACGUCGUUCGUCAGAAACAGAAGCAAGGGCGCACCUCGCGGGAGCAUGGGGCGCCGCUCUUCGGGCUGAGGCUGACGCCUUCCCUCGGGCUGACGUCUUUGGCCAAGAUGGGGGCCGACGCCUUUCGACAGACUGAUGCCUUUCGUCAGACCAACGCCUUGCUUGCGCCGGGCUGACGGCUUUCGCCGGGCAGGCUGGCGCCUUUCCUUCGGCAGAUGUCUUGGGUCAGGCUGCGGGUUUUCGUCGGAGCGACGUCGCUCGCCAGGCUGACGCCUUUCGUCAGACUGAAGCGCUUCGCUUGAGUGACAUCUUCCGCCUGGCCAGGGCUGGCGCCUCUCUCUGGUUGGUCAUGGUAGGUCAGGUUGAUGGCUUUCUUUCGCUUGGCGCUUUUCGUCAGACUGAAGCACUGACCACACCGGGCGACGCUUAUCGCCAGACUGGCGCACUACUUCGCCGGGCGUCGGCCUUGCGUCGGAUCAGGCUCGGCGGAGCUUUUCCCCGGGUUGCGGAUGUCUUUCGUGGUCAUCAGAUUGAAGCUUUUCGCCGGGCUGACGUCGUUCGCCAGACUGACCCCUUUCGCCGGACUGCCCCUGCCGUGCUUCUUCGGGGCUCUUCUCUAUCGUCAAGGGCUUGUCGCCACAGGCUUUUCGUCAGUUUUUCUGGCCAAGGUCGUUCGUCGGAGGUCUGUCGCCGCGGAUCUCUUGCCAAAGGUCUCUCGUCAAAGGUCUCUCCUCGAAAGUCUUUCGGUUUCGUCAACGGUCUCUCGUCAGAGGUCUCUCGUCUAAGGUCUUUUGUCGAAGAUCUUUCGUCGAAGGUCUUUCGUCGAAUGUGUUUCCUCAAACUCAAAGGUCCCGCGUCAGAGGUCUUUCUUCGGAGGUCCUUCGUCGAAGGUCUUUCGUCAAAGGUCUUGCGUCGAAGGUCUUUCGUCGAAGGUCUUGCGUCAGAGAGUCUCGCGUCACUCAGGACUUCUCUCCCUAGCAUGCGCCCCUACCCCCGUCGGGCAUUUUUCUGGCUUCUUUUCUGGUAGUCGGCCAGGGGGCCGCGGCUUAUCCCCAUCAUGAAAGCGGUCGGAGGCUGUCACGGGCGGAGAUUGAGGGGAAGGGGCCGGAGGGUAUGGGCAAUGAAUCGCCUCGCGGGAGAGGUGAAGGAGUCCCCGGGUGGAGUAGGCGGGGAGUUUUGUGGCGGUGAUUAGUGGGGUGAUGAGUCUAGCUUGAUUACUUAUAUCUUUUUUGCAAUGUUUGAGCACUAUCUAUCAACCUAUAAUAAUUGACAAUCAUUGAUUAUGAUUGUUCGGUCAACCCUUUUAUCUCCGCGGCUACCUUCAGGACCGGGCGAGCAGAUGAGAUGCAAAUGAAGCAAGCGCCACCGGCAUUGCGGCAGACAGAAUAUUAUGGAAAGCCCGACGCUACCGCUGGGUUCUAUCGCCCGAGUGGAGCCUUUGCCGCCGUCGAGGACAAGUGAUGCACGAAGGCAGCUUAGGCAUGAUGAGUAUGUGAGACUAAAUCCUAGUCCAACUAGUACAGCUCUGAGACUCAAUACUGAAACUGCAAGCAACAACUGUGCCAGCAUAUCCUUCAAACAAGUGCGUACAUCGAUGAAUGACACCAGGAAAAUGAAAUCCUGACGGUGAACAAAGUGUAAGCUAAACUGACACCAUCUGGAUCGUAGAGAAGGUAUUGAACCUGCUACAGCGCGUAUUGCAUUAACACAACAAAAACAGUUACCGCGUUAAUGAGAAAUAUAGAUGAGCGCCACAUUACUCUGUAUACACAUUGAGUGAAUUGAACGUGUGUACUAGAUUGAGGACAAGCACAAGCAGCAGCAAAACUCAUAUCUAUCGAAGCAGCAAUUUUACUAAAUCUACGAGAACUAUGCCCUAACCCUAUUUCUAUUAGUUAUGGUAUCACACGGAAAGCAAAGAAAAAGAUUGACUUUCAUAUCAGUAGUACUUAAUUGAAAUAGCCCCACCAGCAAAUAGGGGGCUGAUCUUUCACUUUCCUUCGUUGUUUAAGAAUGUCAAUAUUAUGUUUAAGCAGAAACACG